UAACUGCCUGCAAGACAAGUACAGUAGGUAGUAGGUGCAGUGUACGGAUGGUGUACACUAACAUGCGGCAUCUGCUGCGCUGCGCAAAGCGAAAAGCCAACCUUGUUCCUCUCGCCUCGGUCAAGCAAGGUCCAGCGCGUGUGUUGUGGGUUGUGCCGAGCCUGGGCUCUCCGCGCAAAGUGUGCCGGAAGUUCCAUGUCCUGGUUUCUGGUGUUAUUACGAGCUCCAUCCCAUCCAUGUGUGUGUGCGUGUGUUCGUACCUAUUACUUGCAGUCUUGCUCGCUUGUUGGCAAAAGCCGAUGUAGUGAGGGUUCAGUACGUCCAUCUGCUUGCUGUUCGUUACCCGUUUCCCAUUCCAUCCCAUCCCUCCCCUCUCGUUCUCGUUCUCACUCUCACUCUCGCUCUCACUCUCACUACUCUUAAUCAACUCACCCGCCUCCGUCCGUGCCAAGAACCCAUCUCGUAGCUUCAUGAGACCUUCUUUUGACACGGACACUCUCCCAUCUCACAUAAACCGACCAUCCGGUAGCCCUGCCAUUCAUUGGCUUUGACCAUCCAUAUCACACACACACACACACCCAGCCGGUGGACAGGCGCUUGUCGUUUGUCAGAUUCAUCCCACCCACGCCCGCCCGCCCGCCUCCCGGGACCUGUGCCCUUCCCGAACCUCCCGUCCUCAAAUACCACGUCGGCGGACCUGGAGCGAAGCCAAGUCUCCAGUUCUCCUCCCACCUCUUCCUCUUGUUCCCUCUCUCUCCCUCUCUCUCUCUCUCACACACUUUCUCUUCCUCUUACUGAUCGCCGUCUCCAUUGUCGGCUGUUGCUUCCCUUCAUUCGUCACUCGUCCUCCGUCACCCCCAUACAGUCCCCCCCCCUCAAACAAGUAGACGAAGCAAAAAAAGAAGAAGGGGAAAAAUAUGGGUAUCGGAGCCGUGGCAGAGCCCCUGGUGGUCAUCACCCUAUUGUUCGGCGGCACAUGGUUCAACCGCAACACCGGUGGCAACACCUACGACAACCUAGGAUGGAAGGGCCCCGAUAUCGACGACGUCGAGCACAAGCGAUCUGACGAGCGCCGUUCCGGAAAUUCGACGCCCGACUCGGAAGAGUCUCUCCUCUCGCUCGGCGGCGCCUUUAGCUCGUCAUCGACCUUGUCGCCGCACGAGGAGCCCCCGCGCCGCACACGCCGCAUCAAGUUCUUUGGCUACCAGCGUCUCGUCACAACACCCAACACGAGAGCACACAAGGACAGGCUCCUUAGCCGGGUGCUCCGCAAGUUCCCCUUCCUCGUGGAGGCUUGGUACUGGGCUCUCAUCUACUGGGUUUACCAGGUCGGACGGGCCUUCACCGCACUCACCCUCAACGAGGGGACGGUCGACGUCGCGCGCAAGCAUGCGCUCCAGCUCAUCCACCUCGAGCAGCGCCUGCACAUCUUCAUCGAGGUGCCGGUGCAGCAGUACUUCCUCCAGAUGCCGACGGUGAUGCACUGGAUCAACCGCAUCUACUCCUUCAUCCACAUCCCCGGCACGAUCCUGUUCCUCGUCAUCCUCUACUUCGUCACCACCACCCGCAAGCGCCGCGCCCUCUCGGCCAAGCUCGGCGGCAACGAGAACGUCCGCUGGAACUCGGCCGGCCCGGCCCUGUACGAGGCCCGCCGUCGCACCAUGGCCACCUGCAACCUGCUCGCCUUCGUCGUCUUCACCCUCUGGCCCUGCAUGCCGCCCCGCCUGCUGAGCGACCCCAAGUACAACGGGCCCGACGCCGGCGAGUCCAAGAGCUUCGGCUUUGUCGACACGGUCCACAGCUCCUCGGGCGAGAGCAGCGUCUGGACGACCAACAAGUUCUGCAACCAGUAUGCCGCCAUGCCCUCGCUGCACUUUGGCUACUCCCUCCUUAUCGGCCUCACCGUCGCGACCCUGCCGAUGCCCUCGAUCCGCUCGCGCCCGUGGAAGCGCUUCGCCAUCGCCGCCAUCGGCAUGUCCUACCCGGCUCUGAUCCUGACGGCCAUUGUCGCGACCGCCAACCACUUCGUGCUCGACGCUGUCGCCGGCGCCAUCGUCUGCGGUCUCGCCUGGAACUGCAACGGCGUGCUGCUGAACCUGCUUGUCGUCGAGGACUACUUCCUCCACGUCCUGCGCCUGCACAAGCCCGUCAACUGGACCGACCCGGAGGUCUCGGCCGUCGAGAGGGAGUGGAAGCCCAGCAUGGCGCUGGGCGACGACGCCUGAAAGGACGGCGAGGAGCGUGACAAUAGGGGAGAUUGUGUGCGUGUGUGUAUGUAUGUGUUGUGUCAGAUUCUGGGGUCCGUGAUGCACGCGGCCCUGUGAGACGAUGUGUUUUGAUGCGUUCUGUUCUGCAUGGGAAAAACGGGAUACAUUAUGUGAGGGUGGCCGACUCUUUUGCGUAUUUUGCCAACUUGUUCUGGUCAGGCGAGCAAACAGGCUCGGUGGGGAGUUUACGCGGACUGCUUCCCCCCCCCUCUCAAAUAUUUUUGUCUUGUUACUGGUACUAUCCUUUUUUUAUCAUCAUCACAGGGUGAACGACAUAUACACUCCGGCUUGUGGGUGAUAUUCUGGUCGACUCCCACGGUCGGGGAGUACCUCACGAACAUAUACCUAUGGAUUAUUUAAUGGAACAAUGAUGACA